CGAGCUGCCUUUAUUUUCUGACAGGUAUCUUUUUAUCUUCCGAAUGUUGAACAAUUAUAAAUCUAAGGGUACGAUGCGGGGAUACAAUUGGGGCAUCCUUAUAUUGAAAUCAAUGGGGCGACAGUCAGUGGUGACGUCAGUGGUGUUGCGCAGUUUGGCAGGAAUAUACGUAUGUGCCGCGCACGUAACUAGCAUGCUGGUCACUUAUCGUGGCGUUAUUUCAGGAAGAAUCUGCCGCAGCUGCAUUGAAAAAAUGGCAUCGCUGCAGAAACUCUAUAAAAAUCCAUUUACGAUCUGCAUCGAAGGCAACAUUGGAAGUGGCAAAACAACGUUUCUACAGCAGUUCCAUAAAUUUAACAAUGCCACGAUUUUGCCGGAACCAAUGCAUUUGUGGCGUAAUAUCGAAGGAGUCAAUUUAUUGGAUCUUCUGUACAAGGAACCAAAAAGGUAUUCAUUCCUGUUUCAAUCUUACGCUCAAGUAACCAGGUUAGAGUUACAUACUACGAGCACACCAACGCCUUACAAAAUCAUGGAAAGAUCCAUAUUUAGUACAAAGUGCUUCCUAGAGAACAUGAAACGGACUAAUAAAAUAUUCAACGUGGAAGCCACAAUUCUGGAAAAGUGGUACGAUUGGAGCAUAGAAAAUGCUAAUAUCAAAACAGACUUGAUAGUGUAUCUAAGGACAACGCCGGAAAUUGUGUACCAAAGGAUGCAAGCACGCGCACGAAAAGAAGAGGAAUCCGUGCCGUUAGAAUACCUGAGGCAAAUUCACGAAAUUCACGAGGACUGGCUCUACAGACAAACCUUAUUCUCUUUACCGGCUCCAGUCAUGGUCAUAGACGGUAACAAGAGUCUCGAAGAAAUGGUGCCACAAUUCGAAAAAUGCAAAGACUGGAUACUUAAGAAAGAAAUUGACAGCGUGCCGGAUACCAGAAUAGUUAUUCAAUAAAGUAUACUGACGAAAUAA